AUGAAUAGAGUAUUAAAUGUAAUGGCAUUGGUUGGAUUUGUGUAUCUAUGGAUUGGAUACUAUAGAGAGUAUAUCGAGAUAAUAGAGUUGUUUUAUAGACUGGUACCUCCAACUCAACUGUUUGACUUUAUCAAGUACCCUGAAACUAUCAUAGAUGAGUUUCAAUAUGCUCGCAUAUCUGAUAUAUAUGACAUUAUAUCAGUGUGGUUGGCUCAAGUACUCGCAGCAAUAAGUUCAAUCUAUGGUCUAUGUUCUUAUCGAUUCCUACUUUUGGUGUCUGAUGAAAAGAGUAUUGGAUACAAGUCGGCCGAAUGGGAACGUAUCCCAUUACUUUCAAACCGAAUCAACAUCACGUACAUUAGAAGAAGGUUAAGACUUGCCUACUGGUUAUUCAUCCUCUGCCAAUUAUUAACAUUCAUUGGCGUGAUAAGGACAUCCAACCUAUGUGAAUACCCUCCAACAUCAGGUAUCCUCCGUAACUAUUGCUACAAAAUCGGUGAAAGAUUAAUACUCAACCUUUAUCCAAUCUAUUUACUUGUCCUCAAUGAAGUGGUUCUAUUUAUCAAUCGUAAUUCAUCAAAUAAUAAUAACAAUCAACAAAAACAAAAACAACAACAACAAUCAUAUCCCAAUAAGAGAAUAUUAAAUGUAUUGGUAUUAAUUGGAUUUGGGUAUUUGUGGAUUGGAUAUUAUCUUGGACAUUUAGAGAAAUUAUAUUUGUUUUUUACAAGUGUACUACCUCCAAGUAAACUACUCUACUUUAUCAUUCACCCAAACACUAUCGUUGAGGAGGUUCAUAAAGAUGCACUCCUAUCGGAUAUAUAUGUUAUCUUGGUAAACUGGAUCAUCCAACUAAUAGCAACAAUAUGUUCAAUCUAUUGUCUCUAUUCAUAUCGAUUCCUCUUUUUGAAAUCGGAUGAUGAUGAUGAUGAUGAUGGAAAGAAGAAGAAUACCACUCUGAACAAGUCAACUGAAAGGGAACGAGAGCGUGCUCCUAUACUUUCAAAUAGAAUCAACAUCACGUACAUUAGAAGAAGGGUGAGAGUUGCCUAUUGGUUAUUCCUCCUCAUCCAGGUACUAGAAUUCUAUUGGAGCAUUUCGACAGGGUCUCUAUGCAAAACAAAUACACCACUACACUCGGAAAUCCUCCACCACCAUUGCCAUACGACGCAAGAAAAACUAGCUUUCAACAUUUAUCCAAUCUACUUGUUGGUCCUCAAUGAAGUGGCUCUAUAUAUCAAUCAUACAACAACAACUACUACUACUACAACCAUCACCAACAACAAUCUCCAAACUACUACAGACUUGAACAAGACCAUAAUAAAUUAA